AGGCAGGCAAGGCGAGCGGGCAAGCAGGCAAGCAGGCAGGCACCGGCACCAGUCUCCAGCCCAGCGCGGCUCCGCUCUCCCCUCCUCUCCCCGUUUCCUCCGCAGCCCGUGAGCCUGGGGAACCUGCAGCUCAAAGCCUCCGCCAGCCACAGCACCAUGUACCCCGGGAAUAAGCGGAAAAAGCUCUGGAGGGAAGAGAAAGAACGUUUGUUGAAGAUGACAUUGGAGGAGCGACGUAAAGAAUAUUUACGAGAUUAUGUUCCUCUGAAAGAUAUCCCAACCUGGCUGGAGGAAAUGAAAAGCAAGACCCAAAGUGAUGAAGAAAACACACAGGAAGCUUUGCCCAUGCAGAAAUGUCUGAGCGAGAAAGUUUCCCUCUACAGAGGUGAUAUCACGGUCCUUGAGAUUGAUGCCAUAGUUAAUGCUGCUAAUUCAAGUCUUCUUGGAGGCGGAGGUGUUGACGGCUGUAUACAUAGAGCAGCUGGGCCCUGCCUGGUUGCUGAAUGUCGCAACCUAAGUGGCUGUGAAACUGGGCAAGCCAAAAUCACUUGUGGUUAUGACCUGCCUGCCAAAUGUAAGUAAUCUGCUCCCUGCACAUUUUUUAAAAAACUAUGCUGAAAUUUUAUACAUGCCUUACUUUUCAACACACUGAUUAAAUGGGGCAUUCAUUUAUCAAAUUAGCAGUAAAACUAAAUUAUGUCCAUGUUUGUGAUGACCUUUCUUUGUCCUUUGGGAAGUUGAGCUUUUGGAGAGGAAGGGAAAGAUGCAUGCUUGCUUUUGGAUGCAUUGAACUUCAGAUUGUAAGUUGUAGCGCUUGGAUUUGUGAAGAAACUUCUACAGUUUAACCGAA